CGGGAGGCGAGGAUGGUGGACGCGGAGGGCGAGCGUCGAUGCGAGCGUUCGUGAAUUGCGUGGAUGUUCUGGCGCAGUGCGGGUGCGCGGAGGGAGGAGAGGGGUGGGAAUGGCGCGAGUUGUGGACGGCGCUCGACGCGGCGAGCGCGAGCGGCGAGGCGAGUCAUCGAGAGGCGAGCGCGCGGACGUACGCGGUGCUUUGUGAAUCGCUCGGUGCGCGCAUGGUGAGCGAACAUGAGAGGUUACUGGUGAUGUUCGUGCGAAUGGUGUCGUCGGAUGAAGACGCGAACGUGAGGUACGCGGCUUUGGACGGCGUCGGCAAGUUGGCGGGAAGUUGGUGCGUCGCGCCGACGCUCGGACCCGCGCUGUCCGCGUGCGCAGUCGAGUUGGUACGAUGUGCGGAACGAUCGCUAGAAAUAGGAGACGGCAGGCUGCUCGGCGCGUCGCUCGAAGCGAUGUCGGCUUUAGUCGGGGCGCGAGAGGACGUUUACGGCGCGCACAACGCCGCGCUGAUUCAAAUCUUGGAGCUCGCGCUACGCCUCGGCACCAAUCCAAAGCUAGACGCCGGCUCUAUUCGUGCGCCAGCACUGCUGAUUUUGACAAAGAUGGCGAAGAAGCACGCCGAGCUGUUGACGGAAACGAUGGCUGGUCAGAUUGAUUUACAGUACGACCCGCACGUUUUGGGUCAGGGCGGUCCAAUUUCCGCCGCGCUCGUGCCGCCGUUGCUGACGAUUUCUUUGGAAGCCGAAGAGCGUUCAUUUGAUGACGAAGAUGUCGAGGGCGAAGGUUUGGACGAACAGAGUUCGUCGCCCGCGGCGUUAGCUCGAGGUGCUCUUCGCGCGCUUGCGAGUACGAUUCCCAACCACUUCGUCGUCGCCCCGGCGCUGAAUCUUCUCGAGCGGCUGCGAGGCGGCGCGAACGCACCCGCGGCGUGGAGAGUGUUUGCGGCGAUCACAGAAGGUACCCAAGGUGAGGGCGUGACAUCACAUCUCCCGGUGCUCAUUCCCGAGCUCACUGAGACCAUGAAAUGCGUCGAUGUGAAUCUCAGAGUUGCCGCGAUGGAGGCCAUGUGCAUGAUGGCGACGCACUGUCAGCCAGAGAUGGCGGAUGAAUACGCGGGUACGACUUUCUCGCUCAUCGCGAGCAUGUUGACACACGCGCCUCGAAGUUGCCAGUGGGCUGUGCACGGUGCGUUAUCGAAGAUGUGCGAAAACUCCCUCGGUGAGGCAAUCGCGCCGCUUAUAGUGCCGCUCAUAGAGGCUUUAAAGGCGCAGACGAUGGACCUUUCUUGGCGUACAGCCGCGCGUGCGACGCAUUCAUUUGGUGCAGUGGCGCAAUGCUCUCUUGAUUACUUCACUCCGUACGCUAGUGAUAUUUUGUCACUUUUGCUUGCUCGCGCUAAAUCGGCGGAACAAACCGGAAACGGUACGGAGUUGCAAGCGAGAUCAGUGGCGACGAUGGCGACCAUCUUGGGUGUCGUAGGCAUCGAGCGCGCUCCGAAUGGAUUGCUUGAGUUGCUGCUCCAGACCGCGGCAUCGGCGCUAACGUCCGCAGACACUAUUGCUCGCGAGUGCGCGCACGAGUGCUUGGGUAGAUUAGCCGUCGCACUGGAGGACAAGUUUGAGCCGUAUGCGAUCGAUGCGGCAUCUGCGGCAGUCGCGGCUCUCGCUCAAACAGAGUCAGCUUCGCAUAGAACAGCCAUCACCACUGGCGUCGUCGAAGAGCAGAUGGCUGCGGCGGAGGCUUUGGGCCAGUACUUCAACAGCGGCGUGGUGUGUCUCCGGCCCUUCUUACCGACCACGCUCGAAGCGCUUGCGUUCGCAUCUGAUACGACUCGACCGACACCGCUUCGGUUGGCGGCAAUUCGCGCCUUGGAGUUCAUAUUCUCUCCGUGGUCGAGUGCAGAGAAGGGCGACGUCGCGUUUCUCGCUCUCAGUACGGCGACGAUUAAGCUUCUUUGCGAGCGCGUCAGAUUCGAUCCGGACGCCGCCGUGGUGUUAGCCGCGAUCCAAGGCAUCAGCGAGUUAUUAGAUAAGGCAAAAACUUUGGCAACUUUACCUAUGGACGUUCUUGAGGGCGCAAAAGACGCUGCGGAAGUUGUUAUUCGCUGGCAAAGCGUGUGUCAAAUCGAGUUCGAGGCAAAAGAAGACGCUGCGGAGAACGACGACGACGACGAAAGCGAUGAUAAUGAUAUUUUUGACUCAAUGGUGUUUUGGGCUGAACGAAUCGCGCCACAGGACGAAGAUAGCGACUGA